AGGGGUCACUUCUAAUCUGGUUUACGUUGGCUCAGAGAGCAGCAGGAGUUCUUCUUCAGCUCAUGGUUGGUCAGGAGAGAAGUGCUGUCCACUUGCUGUUGGUCAUGAUGAUGCCAGUGAAGGUGUUCAUCCUGUUUUUCCUUCUGGCCAUGGUAGGGCUGUCCACUGCUUCAGUUGAAGAGGAGAACCCAGAGUUCUGGAGGGCCCAGGCUCAGACUACGCUGAAAUCAGCUCUCAGCAGGAAACUCAACACUAAUGUGGCCAAAAACAUCGUGCUGUUCCUGGGAGAUGGGAUGGGCAUCACUACGAUCACUGCCGCUCGCAUCUUAAAGGGCCAGCUGGAGAACCAGACGGGGGAGGAGACUGUCAUGACCAUGGAUACGUUCCCUUAUGUGGGCCUCGCUAAGGUGUAUUCAGUAGAUUUUCAGAUUCCGGACAGUGCUGCCACCGCGACGGCGUAUCUGUGCGGUGUUAAGACUAACCUGAAUGUGGUGGGUCUUAGUGCUGCUGCACGAAAUGGAGUGUGUCGCUCACAGAAGGGCAAUGAGGUCACGUCUAUUCUCAAGUGGGCUAAAGAUGCAGGUAAGUCAGUGGGUGUAGUGACCACCACGCGUGUCCAGCAUGCCACUCCGGCAGGUGCGUAUGCCCACAGCUCCAGCAGGAAGUGGUACAGUGAUGCUGACAUGCCAGCUUCAGCCAAAAGAGACGGCUGCACGGACAUCGCCGCCCAGCUGAUCAACAACACCGACAUUGAUGUGAUUAUCGGCGGAGGCCGGAAGUACAUGACCCCAAAAGGCACAAUGGACCCCGAGUACCCCUUGGAUCUCGGCGCCCUCGGCAAAAGACAGGAUAAUCGCAACCUGAUAGACGAGUGGAUCAACAUGAAGAAAGAAAAGGUGGCUCAUUACGUGUGGAAUAAGAAGGACUUUGACGCAGUGGAUCCAGAGACCACGGACUACCUGAUGGCUCUAUUUGAACCUGGUGAUAUGAGGUACGAGGCGGAGAGAGACCCACUCAUGGACCCGUCCAUCAUAGAGACCACUGAAAAAGCCAUUCGCAUCCUUCAGAAGAACCCCAAAGGAUUCUUUCUACUGGUGGAGGGUGGGCGUAUCGAUCAAGGUCACCAUGCCAGUCGUGCCUCCAUGGCACUACAUGAAGCUGUCGCCCUCGACAACGCUGUUGCCCGUGCACUGGAACUAACCAAUGAGGACGAGACAUUGACCAUCGUCACUGCUGACCACUCCCACUCUCUGUCUUUCAACGGGUACCCUUUUAGAGGCAACAGCAUCCUGGGUAAAUCUCCUCUGUAUGGACGGGACCUGCUCCCCUACACCACCCUGAUGUACGGAAAUGGCCCUGGACACAAAAUCAGCGACAACAAAAGGCCCGACAUCCGUAGCGUGGACACCAAGAGUAAGGACUAUGUCCAGCAGGCCGCGGUUCCUCUGGACUCGGAGACCCAUGGUGGAGAGGACGUGGCUGUUUUGGCCAGAGGCCCGAUGGCACAUCUUUUCCAGGGUGUAAACGAACAGAGUUAUUUGGCUCAUGCCAUGGCCUAUGCUGCGUGUGUGGGAGCCAAUCAGCAGCACUGCGUAUCCACCACCAAUUACAGGCUUGCUGAAGCACGGAGCUCCGCCCCUCACCCACCCCUCACCUCUGUACUGUCUGUGCUGCUGGGGGCAGUAAUGACUUUGUUUCUGUACUGAGAGAGAGAGAUUAACAUUGUGCAGAUGGAAAGAGAGAGAGAGACUGGAAAGUGAGCCGAAUAAUUAAUUUCUGCAAUAAAACUCAUUUUUACCUUGUUAAUAGUUUGAAUACUAAGCACUGAUUUACAUUUGCAAUUAAUAUCAGUGUUCAGCUUAAUAAACGCUUUUGAAAGCGCUC